ACGGUCGUCCAAGCAUAUUUCGGCCAGCGACAAACCGAAAGCAACAUGAAAAUCAUCGCGUUUUUCGUGGUUCUUAUCGGAAUUGCAACCGUAGAAAACAGCAAAGCGUCAAAGAAUGGAAUAAGGAAAGAUGUUUCGUUUGCUGCAGGAAAUCAAGACAAACGAAUAGUUGAAGAGGUUUCAAAACAACUGCCUUCUUUGUCAGGUGGCGUUUUAGAUGUCAUAGGUAGUACAGGGGAUGGACAAAAUGGUAUUGCUCCAUACAACUUUGAUUAUACUGCUGUCCGAGUUGUGGCUGAUAUUUUAAAGAAUAUUGAUGUAUAUAAUUUUACAGCGUGUAUUGUCAAUGAGCUUGGAACUAAUUUGGAAAAAUGCUUAAGGGAACUUGAAGAACUUGGCUUAUACAUUAGUUUCAUUCUAAGGGAAAUUGACAAAUUACUUUCCGGAAAGGAUGCUCGUGAAGAAAGUUGCUCCUCGUGUGGUAAUCGCCAAAUUCCAGGGUUUACUCCGUCACCUAAUAUGGAUUACUGCAACUUUAUCGGUAACCUUACGGAUAAUUUAGAGUGCGUGUUCCACGAGCUUGGUAAACUCCGUUGUCAACAAUAUCUGAGCGAUACUUUUAAACCAUUUGUGGAUUGCCUCGGAGAUUUCGUCGGAAGUCUUCCUAGGGACAAAACAGACCAAACUAGAUGUCUGAAUAGUUUCAGUGAGAUUAACAACGUUCUAACAAAUAUUAGAGAUGGGAUACGAGGUAAAUACUGCACGAUCGGAAUAUAAAUAUCAUUUAGAGCCAGACCCCAUAUCUAAAUCUAAAUA